AUGGCCCUAAGGAUGCCCUGGGCUGGACAGGCUAAGGGGAUCCUGGGAGGCUGGGGGAUCAUCUGCUUGGUGGUAUCUCUGCUCCUCCAGCACCCAGGAGUCCACAGCAAGUGCUACUUCCAAGCUCAAGCCCCCUGCCACUAUGAGGGGAAAUAUUUCACCCUGGGUGAGUCUUGGCUCCGCAAGGACUGCUUCCACUGCACCUGUCUGCAUCCCGUCGGCGUGGGCUGCUGUGACACGUCCCAGCAUCCCAUCGACUUCCCUGCUGGGUGUGAGGUACGUCAGGAGGCAGGAACCUGCCAGUUCUCCCUGGUGCAAAAAUCUGACCCUCGGCUGCCCUGCAAAGGGGGAGGGCCCGACCCAGAGUGGGGCUCAGCUAACAUUCCUGUUUCUGGGGCUCCUGCUCCCCACUCCAGCUAAACUCAACUGAUCACCCUUCUGCUGACUGCCCACUGCUGCUGCCACUUCCAGGGAAACCACUAGCAG